AUGACGGGCCAGGCUCGCCGCCGCGCCAUCAAGACGCGUUUCGUCGACCCAGACCACCAGGGGGCCCGCGAGGUGUUCGAGGCCGCGCUCGGUGGCGAUGUAGAGAAGCUCGAAGAGGUUCUGAGGCGGAGCACGUCCAUCGACAUUAACUGGAUCCAUCGCACGGAAUCCGACGAGGACGAGCCUGGCGAGGACGAGCUCGACGACACCGAGUCCGACAAGGACGAGCCCGGUCGCGGGGAGAACCAAUGCGGGCUGCAGACGCCGCUGCACGCGAGCCUGCUGGGCGCCCGGCCCAUCAGCGUCGAGCUGGUCCGGGUCCUGCUUGAGGCGGGUGCCGAUGUGAACCUGGCGUGCAUUCUACAGCUCUGA